AGACGACUGAGUUUGAGGCCCACUUCUGAGGAACUUGAAGAGAAGCAUAUUCUUCUCAAGCAAACGAUGGAUGAACUGGAGAGAGAACGAGAAGAAAAAAAAAUCAAUCUCGUCAGAAAACUGAGCUCCAGGCCAACAGUGAAAGAGCUGAAAGAGAAGAAGAUCAUCAAGUUCUGCGACUACGUGGAGGUGACUGAGGUGGAGGAUUACGACAGGAGGGCCGAGAAACCAUGGACCAAACUCUCCACCAGGGACAAAGCGGCAAUCAGGCAGGAGUUGAAUGAAUUCAAAAGUUCGGAGAUGUGCGUUCACGAAGAUAGUAAGAAGUUCACCAGGUUGUUGUCCGUUCGCUCAUUCAUGUAA